CCACAUAUUCCUAAACAAUGAUCUAUUAAAUGUAAAUAUUUCAUGUUUCAACACGACUUUUUUUGGUAUACGAGACUUCCACUGAAUCCUGCUAUGGACCCAACCUAAUCGGCCACUAGCCAGUAAAAAAGUUGGCCUUGAUUGAAUAUGCGGAAGAAGAUUGAGCAGUGGCACCAACAGUUUUGCCGAUGAGACUGUAAUGAAAAACUGAAAAUUAAUAAAAAUAUGAUAAGUCGUGGCUGUUUGGGCUUGAAUCCUUUGCCCGUCUUAACAUUGUACGAAGAAACCAAAAAGAAAAUGUUAAGUCAACAUCAACAAUAUCAAUACCUACAUAUCGCGAUUCGCGGAAACUUGACCGCGGAAGCAAUAAUUUUGAGCGCAACGGAUGUACACUUUUUGGUGUUUUCGCCUUUGUUUGUACAAAAUACCUAAAGAACAUUAUUAUAUGUAUAAUACCUGUCAAUGCAAAUAAAGCAAACUGGAAUGUUAAAUAUUUGUGCGUGAUUAUAAAGCCCUUAAUUAGUUAAACACCUAAGAACUUAGAUGUGAACAUUAUAAACAUUGGGUGAAAGUGAUCAGAUGUUUUGCAAAAAUGAGUUUUAUAACAGAUUUCUUGGAUAGCUACACCUCAAAUUUUUACAGUAUGAUUGUGGAGUACGUGGACACGGAGUACAGCUUGUGGCUGACGUGGUUCCUGACUCCAGUCAUCGUCACCUUCUUGCUGCCGGCCGUCAUCAUUGUGCUGAUCUACCUGAGCAGUAUCAUAUUCCAUCUGUACAGGCUCUACAGGUUGCGGGUAGUCGGCGGAGUGCACGGCGACUGGCGUCACGCGGCGCGACUGGCGGUGUGUGCUCUGUGGGACGCGCACGGCUGGCUGUGGCACGGGUACGACAUCUGCGGGCUGGAGAACAUUCCCGAUGGCCCGUUUCUGGUGAUAUACUACCACGGUGCGCUCCCCAUCGACAUGUACUACUUCAUAGCGCGUAUGAUGCUGUUCAAGCGACGUCACAUACACACCGUGGCCGAUCGGUUCCUUUUCAAGAUUCCAGGGUGGCGGUCUCUUCUGGAGUUAUUGUGCGUGAUCCCGGGCACUGUGCAAGAAUGUGCGGCCGUGUUAAAGUCUGGCAACCCUCUCGCCAUCUCCCCUGGAGGGGUCUACGAAGCGCAGUUCGGAGACCACGACUACCGUCUCUAUUGGAAGUCGAGGAUUGGCUUCGCUAAAGUGGCUCUGGACGCUAAAGUGCCAAUAGUCCCGAUGUUCACACAAAACGUCCGGGAAGCGUUCCGCACUGUGGGCUGGCUGCGCGGCGUGUGCCUGCGUCUGUAUUCCGCCACCAGGAUCCCGCUCACGCCGGUGUACGGCGGGUUCCCCGUCAAGCUGGUCACGCACCUCGGGAAGCCCAUAUACCCUGACCCCAGCCACACACCCGACCAGCUGAAGAGCAUUGUGGCAAGCGCAAUAGAAGAAUUAGUAUUAGAACACCAAAGAGUUCCUGGCAACAUACUACUUGCGUUAGUAGAGCGAGUUUUAGAGCUGCCCAAGCCAAGAAAACACAAUAAGCAUCCAGAAACCAAUGGGAAUUGCCGCAAUGGCGCUUGUAAGAACGGCAAGAUAAAGACAGAAGACAGCUUAAAUGAGAAGUGCGAUAAAGACAAAACGAAAGUGUCGUAGUGGGCGUGGCCUAGUGACUGUGUUUGUGUAGCACCGCCCCCGUGUGUGAGUAAGACAAUUUGUGAGUAUGUUUGAGUCGUGAUAAUGGUGAUGCGAUACGAUCAAACCAAUUGAUUUAAACAAAAUUAUGAAUGCAGCGAUAACAUUAUUGCUAUGUACAGCUUUUAUUCACAAAAUGACGCCAUAAUGGUGAUUCAGUGUACCUACUAUACAUAAUAUAUCGUGUUGAUUUGUAAUAUCAGCAGCUUAUGCUCGUAUGACCAGUGUGGAUACGCAAAGUCUAACCUGGAUCGAAUAUAUCUGUUUAUCCGGGUUAGUCUCUGCGUUCCCGAUUAUAAUAAUUAUAAUUAGUAAGGCUAACUUGCGGUCAUUGAUGACUGGGGCUGAACUCUAAUACAUACACCCAUAGCAGUAGAGCUCAGCUUAUUAGUAAUCAUAAAAGUACAACAUUGCAUUUGCCAAUAUCUUAAUAUAUCUAUAUAGUAAUAAUAAUAAUAUUGACACACUUGUACACAAAUUAUCUUGCCCCAAAUUAGGCAUAGCCUGUGCUAUGGGUUGCAAGACAACGAUAUAUUUAAUACGAUAUACAUACUUAAUCAUAAACAUCUAUGAUUCGGAAACGAACAUCCAUUUUCAUCAUAUAAUUGUUUGCAACUACCGGGACUCGAAGCCGGGACCUCUAGCUUAGUAGGUAGGCUCGCUAAUCAUUGGGCUAUGCAUUUACAUAAUAUUAUUAAUAUGUACUUAUUUUCAUCACGAUAGAGAAUGAUAAUACUGAAAUAUUAAUCAAAAAUUUUGACAAAAUCAAUAAAAUUACAGACAGAAUGUAAGGAUUUAAUGACUGAUAAUUGAAAUGAUAAUCAGCUUUGUCAAUGGAAGUGCGCAGUAGAAGCGGGCUCACUUGAACCGAGUUCUGUUGAGCAACUAUUGUUGGAAUUGCUAAUCACGCAAUAUUACUAGAUAUAAAAAUGGCGUCCGAAUAUCAGAAGAUCAAUUAAAAUACUUCCCAUUCGUUAGAUCGUUGAGUCUCUUUCAUUAGUUGAGCGCAAGCGCCGACAGGUUCGUGUGUUCGCCUCCCGCUUCAUCUUCCGCGCCCCGCGGUUUCCAUCUAACAGGUUUUACAUCGCACGGAAAGAAAGAUGAUUUAAUCGUUUUAUGAAGUAGAAGCCCAUUAAAGGAACAAUUAGUAAUAUAAAACGGUGUGUGAUAAGAGAUGCGGAACAGCUGUCUUUGUUUUUUUUUAUUAAUAUUAUUAUUUCCUUACCGUAGGCUAAUAAAGAAGGACAAGACGGAUACUACACUCAAAAGCAAAUAAGCCAACCACCAGACAGUCGGCCGCUCGCGAUAAGAGGUUCUGGAUCGCAAUGAAAGAAAAACGCCAAUUUUAAUGUUUUAUGGAUAUUAAAUAUAAACUUUAUAUUAGUUACAAUAAUAAGGGACGAGACGAGCAGGACGUUUAGCUGAUGGUAAUUGAUGCAGUGCCGCUCAGGAUUCUUGAAAAACCCAAAAAUUCUGAGCACUACAAUUGCGGUCGUCACCUUGAGAUAUAAGACGUUAAGUCUCAUUUGCCCAGUAAUUUCAGUAGCUACGGCGCCUUUCAGACCGAAACACAGUAAUGCUUACACAUUACUGCUUUAAGGCAGAAACAGGCGUCGUUGUGGUACCCAUAAUCUAGCCGGCAACCUGCGAAGCCUCCCUGGUUACUCCCUGGUUACAAGAUAUUUAACUCGUAUACUUUGUUUAACAACUGCGGCUAAUGUUCCGUCUUAUUUUUUAUUACAUUGUAAUAUAUCUAAAGAUCUAAUUUAUCUUCAUAGAAAAGUGAAUAACAUUUUAAUCGAGAAUUAAUUUGUGCGUGAUUGUACUCAUGGGCAGCCAUAAUAUACACAUCUCGGCCUCAACUCCUAUGCGCUGUAUUUACGCAUAAAGUUGCGCAAUUAUUUGCGUUUUAAUUUAAAAGCUAGAACUCCUAUUGGCUCAAUUUUGGACCGUGAAAUCUGUUUUUUUUUAUGGAAUAGGAGGACAAACGAGCUUACGGAUCACCUGUUGUUAACACACAAUCUCUUGCAACACCAGAUAAUUUGUUUAGUACGGGGCCAAACGAUUUGAGUUCAUGACCUGUUAUGAUUUGAACUGUUUGAACAGUAUGAAGUUGAAGCGAUAAUACCCGACUCCACAAAACACCGACACCGUUUAAAUUCUGUCUUCUCAACGCUGUUUACUGAAUUUCUAAACUUGACGACUUCUAUUUUUUUUGUAUGGAAAUGGAGGAUAAUCGAGUGUUCGCGUCACUUGGUGUUAGGUGAUCACCGCCGCCUACAUUCUCUUGCAACACCAGAGAAAUCACAGGAGCGUUACCGGCCUUUAAGAAAGGUGUACGCGCUUUUUUUGAAGGUACCCAUGUCAUAUCGUCCCGGAAACACCGCACAAGCAAGCUCAUUCCACAGCCUUGUAGUACGUGGAAGAUAUUUAUUUAUUUACGCUUUAAUAACGUAACGUGCAUUUAUUUCGAGAUAUUUCAUUAAAUAAUAUUUCUUUUGUUGCUUUUGGUAAAAUGUCACAAUUACCUAUUAAACAUUGGCGUCCAAUUUCGAAACAAUUGAAAGUGCACCUACAGAAAGUGCUGUUCCGAAUUUGUUCAAAUGAUCUCCACCAUGUGAACCCGCUGUUAUGCAGUCUAUCCCGAGACUUAAGGCAAAUGAGACUUAGAUCUUAUCAAGGUGGCGAGGUGACGAGCGCAAUUGCAGUGCCGCUCAGAAUUAUUGGGUUGUCAUGAAUCCCGAACGGCACUGCAUUGUAAUGGGCAGGACGUAUCAAUUACCAUAAGCAUAAAAUGUUUAUUUCCUUUUAAAUUAGUAACCAAUAGAUCUCGUUGGUUAUACAUAUCUCCGUAUUCUCAGCUGCAUAAAAAUCUUAGUAAUAUUCUGUAGUCAUUAUAAGUAACUAAAAUAUUCGCGCGAGCGUCUUGAGCGCCUUAGAUCAUCGGUGCGCUCGUGGUCGAUAAACCCACACCGAUUACAAAAAUAAAGCCUGUUGUUAGUUUAAGAGGCAUUAAGUUUCUCAAAAUUGAUUCCUUUAGAAUUCUUUUUGAUGUCAUUUCUAAUUUACUAGACACUACUACCGCUUCGGAAACAAAUGGCGCUCUGAGAGAGAAGAAUCGGCGCAAGAAACUCUCCCAGCAUUUUUUGUUGCGCUUUUUAAUCAAUUAUACAAUAUUGUAUUGCUAUUACUAUAAAAUAAUCAUAAUCUAGUCCCAGACUGUCCGAUCACUUAGAUAUUCAGCUGUGGAAUAGUAGAGUUUACGACUGAGCCAUUUUUAAUAAAAUAUUUAAAUUUAUUUAUAGAUAAUGCCUGAACAGUGGCUGGGACUUUAUUAUAAAAUGUUGCGUGUGACAAAAAUAUAGUAUAACUAGUUAAUAAGUAAUGAAAUUAAUUACAUGGCAUAUUUAUAGCUUACAGCGAUAAUCUUCAAAUAUUUUAUAUAUCUUAUAGUAGUAUUCUUUUAACUAUGAAGAACAUGUAAACAUGUGCCAAAUUGUACAUGUUGUACUAAGCAACGAGGAUGUAAAUACUACGUAAUAAGAAGCGGGAUUGCCUGAGUAAAAAUUGAAAUUUAGUUUAGUAUGAAACGUGCCGUAAAUUGACAUAAGUUUGAAAUAGUAUAGUAAUUACAGUAUGGCGACGUCCACUGACCUCUACUAUAUACCACUGGACUGGCGGCUGUAAAAAUGCUUUUGUGCCUGUUUGAUAUUCGCCAUUUUGGCGCUAUUGGCUAUGUAGUGAUAGUCUGUGGUACUUAAACUAGUGAUGACAACAUUGAUAGUGGGAAACUAUUUAUAAAAAAAAUGUCUACUUUAUUAAGUUGAUUCUCGAUGUAUAAAUAAAACGGAAAACGAAGGAAAUUAAUUCAAAAUGUAAAAAUACUUCAGAGUAUUGUACGUUCCUUCGCAGUCGUUUGUGUUAUACGUUAAAAUUAGUUCUCUGGACGCUCGCGAGUGACGCUUCAAAUAGGCACAAAAAGUUUGCUGUCAGACAUAUAGAACAGCCUGUCCAGUGGUAUUUAUACAGAUCAGUCGAGACAACGUAUAAUUUGGCUUACACGGUUGAUAUACUUACCCUUAGAUACUCGAACAGUUGCUUAGCGGCCGUUUUCAAUAACGUAUCUCUAGUUACGGAUACAUUGCUAUCAUCGUUUAAUGAUAAGAUCUUAUCUAUCCAUAGUUAUGUCCAAUGCUAUCUGUCGAUAGGUUAUUGAAAUGUAAGUAAGCGUAAUAGGAUAAAUUUAUCUAACUCUAGUAAGUUAAACUAACGAUAGAUAGGUUAUUGAAAAAGGCCGUAAAACGAUUUGGAUUUCGGAUCUUUACAUUACUUUACUUUUGGCAUUCUUUUACAAUAUUAUAGCCGUCAUCUGUCAAUCUAUCAAUGACUGCACGUUUCAUACAAUCGAGUGAAUCGCUUUUUUCUUAGAAAGUUUCGCUAGGAGGGUACUGAGUUCAUGUUUUAGUAUGAGCCAGUAUAACCCGCCCGUUAAGACACGGACGGAAGUCGGAACCUUGUCAUAGUCAACAAGCGAACGACAUAUUUUGAUGGUAAUAUUAGAAGUGUCUGGCUGUACCUGUCGCAAUUAUAACGUCGCUGCAUCGUUCUUAUUACGCCUUGAAAAUAGCGAACUCUUAGCUUAAAAUAUUAUCAAAAAAAAUAUUAGAAAAACAGAUUUUACAGGUACGUGUAAAUCCACAGUAGCCAACAGCGAUGGUUUACGAUAUGUUGUGAACGUUACCUGACCAAUGAACAGUGAGCACUCACUUACCCGCGGCUGAUACUAUGAAUGCUACUGCAUUAUAUUAGGUCGAUGGUCACAGGUGGCGGCUAUAUACUUAAAUAAAACAAAUUUUAAUUUUAGAAUACGGUCCUAUACAGGUACUAAGUUUCAUAAAAGUUAAUAAAUCGCACGCUGGACGCAGCUUUCGAAUAGCGUGCUAUCGAUACGUACGUGUGCGUACGGCGUGUACGAAUACACACAUGGACACACGUCUUGAUUCAAACGAGGCGUGUUAAUUAAUUAAUUAAAACGAGGCAUAUAUCUAUCUUAAUUCACUAGGUGCCUGAUUUAUUUAAAAAAAAAGGAAUUACCAUGCCUUGUACAGAUCUUGAACUGUGAGUGAUAAUAAUUUCAGACAUAUUCACCUAACUUAUCACCACAGAUUAUAAACGGAACAAUUAUUUUUGACUUAUGCGCAUUUAAAAAUUGAAGUAGAACAAUCUUUAGCCAAGUUGUCCACUGCGGUGACCGUCGCGUUGAUCGCCUAGUUGACAACUCGCUGAUACUGAAUCGAUAGUUCUAUCUGGAAGGGUAUUCGAUUGGCGUUGAAUCGGUGUAAUGUGCGAAGACCUUUACGCAAAAGAUAAGGUUUUAGCUAGUAAAUAAUAGAGAUAACUGAAAUAGCUACGUAGAUAUAAAUUUGUGUUGUAAUUAUCAUGACAACAGCGCACUGGCCAGUGUGAAACCUACUUAAUUUUUUGUUGUUGUAAGUAUAUUUGUGAUUUUAUAAUUAAGUUUUAGAUUUUAGAAAUGUUUGUCUUGUAUUUGAACUUUACCAAAAAAAUAUGUGACAUUACGGUAGCAAAAUUUAAGAACGAUCUUGUCAAUAAGUAUAUGAUUUUUACAAUUGGCAAAUCUUAAUAAGCUUAACUCAAAUUCAAUCAACGUAGAGCCGUUGAUGAUAUUUAGCGUAAAUAAUAUGUGUGCUUCUAAAACAGGAUUUUCAGCUGAUGGUUAUUGAUACGCCCUAUCCAUUAUAAUGCAGUGCCGUUCAGGAUUCUUGAAAAACCCAAAAGUUCUGAGCAACACCACAAUUGCGCUCGUCACCUUGAGACAUAAAACGUUAAGUCUCAUUUGCCCAGUAAUUUCACUAGCUACGGCACCCUUCAGACUGAAACACAGUAAUGUUUACAGAUUACAUAAUCUAGCCGGCUUCCUGUGCAAAGGAGCCUCCCACUGAACUUAAUUAUAUAAAAUUGUAUGCGUUAUUGAUUCGUAUAAAUGAAAUGUAAAAUAUCUCGUGAAGACUCAUCGAAACUUUAUGAAUGGGUCUUAAAGUCUCGUAUAGACUUGAGGUGCGCUGAGAGCGGCUCGGCUGUGUUGAAUUAUUUACAUUAUCUAGUCAACGUUUCUUUGUCAAAUUCACGAGUAAUACAUAUAUGUCGCAGGUAUAUUGUCGAUGCCGUGAUAUUACAAUUGGACGUUAUUCCAGAAAAUGGUUCCAAACCACAAUCAUGUCGAAAUUGAGUUAAGAACACAAAACUGGUCACGUGAUUCAUAUGAUAUAAAAAUGACAGCCCUACUGUCACUCUUUAAAUGACAUCAUGACUUAGUAGCCCAACCCACAUGCAUGGAAUAUACUAAUAUUAAUUAUUAAACUUUAAACCGAAUUCCUUAAAAUGUGAUGUUUGUGGAUUGGAACGUUUUUCAGGAACCACGUCCAAUUUCACUAGUGAUAUUAUAAUAAAACGGUAGAUUGUCAAUCGACUUCAUUUCAAAAAAAAUUUAAAAGCCUGGUUUAAGUGACAUUAUAAUUUCACGGUUACACUACAGUGAUAUUGAAAGGCAAUGAUAUUUUGACAAUUUUAUUGGUCGUUAGUUUAUGAGGCCGUGUCUGAUUGGUCUGUUUCUUAUAUUGGUAUACUAGUUAUUAUUUUUUAGUUAUACAUUACUGUAAUCAACUAAAUGUUAUCUAAGUGAAUCGGCCUUUGUUCACUAAUACGUCCCAAACUGUUUAUCGCAGCGCAGGAGCCGAGCGUAGCGUGCCGCGGCAGAGGAAGGCGAGUGCCAAAACCGAAUCGGCCCUUGUUCACUACUAUUUCAACAAUAUUUAUUGAUUGAAAAUUGUUUGCACGCCGCAAUGUCUAUUAUUAUUAUUAUUUUGCAAAUUGGGUAUGAAAAAAAAUUGGCCAAUCAGAACCCUCGACGUCUCACACUACUAACUUCAUUUAUAUUAUACCUAGAUUUAUUAUAAUAUUACUAUAGUGUACUCGUGACAUUACAACGCCAUGUAAUCCCAGUUCGAUACAUAACAUAAAAAGGUGAAAGAAAGCUAAUGAACAAAACAGAAAUAUAGCUUGUAUUUUAUUCAUAAGUCUUUCUGAUACAUUAUUAUUUGCUUCCUUUCAAUUAUUUUUAGUGAAAAAUAUUCAAACACUCAUUCUUAUAUUUAUCAUAAUUCUUGAGAUAAAUAUUAAUAUUGAUUAUUGACUCGGAAACUUAAGUUUGAUAUUUUUUAUUAUUGAAACUAUAAUUGUCUUAAAUAAAACAUGCAUUACCUAGAAAUUACUUUGAAAAUGAAUUAGGUAUUUUCUUUUCUUAUGUACGAAACUCACGACCCGACGAAAGCAGUUAUGCCAAAACAAUGAUUGAAGUUUUAUUUUAGAUGUAAUUAAAGAAAUAUUUAAUGUUUUCUUUACGGCAGUUCUUUAUUUUAUUAUUAUAUAUAUUGAAAAAUAUCUGCCAUUGGAAACAUUAAAAUUAAUUAAUAUGUUUUAUAUUAUAUUUUCGUAUGCGCUGAGAUUAUUUUGAUAAUAAAUUGUAAAUUGAACUGUGUAAGUAGGUAUUUGGUACAAUAUUGCAUUUAAUUUGUUAAUUAUUAUAUUUACGUAGAUAUUAUUGUGAUAUUUAUUAUCAUGCUGUAUAUUAGUAGGGCAGUAAAUAAUUUAUUAGUAAAAAUUCCAUGAUAAAUAAGUCACAUGAAGUCACUGAAACAUGGUUGUAACUUCGGGACAAAGAGUAGGUACCAUCAAUAGCCAUGAUCGCUGUCAACGCACUCACGCUCUCGCUAAUGGCGAUAACGUGGUGACGCGCCGGCUUACUGACAUACUUACAUCAUAUAUAUAUAGGUAUGUUUAUUAGGUUAUUCGACAGUUUUGUUUGAAAAUACUGUUUAGAACAUAGACAUUUAAUAUACUAGUUUAUAGUCGACCUGAGUACCCUGUAUCAAAAAUGUUGAUUUGUCGAAGUGUGUGUGUUAGCUAGUGGUCUAAUAUUCAAAAUACUUUGGAGCUAAUGUAAAGCUAGGCUGUCUCACGUAUUCACGACUUACCUUCUUAUUUUAUUUUUUUACUUGUCAAUCACAAUACAGGUUACAGUAACAAUCGAUUCUCUUUUCUUUUCUGGCUGUAUCUCCGUUCGAGAUUUCCUUCUAUGUCCACGAACUUGCUAUUCGAUACGUGGUAGCGCGAGGUAUAUGUUUUGAUAUUGAGGAAUAAUAUAUAUUUAAGAAGUUUGUGUCAUUUAUAUUAUAAUAAAUUUGUAGAUAUAUUUUUGCUUCGAUGUAUAUUUUAGGAAUUCCCUAUUACAUUAGUGUUUAUACAAUAUAGAAUUUAUUCGUUUCUAAGUAAUUUUAGUGUUUAAAUAUUAAUAAAAUAAAUAUUUUACAAUGUG